AUGGGCAAAAACGAACAGUCCGAUCAACAACAAGUUUUCUGGGAUAUCCUGACUCUUUUCUGGGGUCCAGAGAAAGUCAAGGAAUGGAGAGAAGCCGUGCUUGGUCCGCAAGGGACCGAGGUUCCAUCCAAUUUGCUUUGCUUAAUGACCCUUGUGCAUACACUAUGGGGCAAAAGCUGUUUCGCCCUCAAACCUCUUCAGGUAGCAGAUGAUAGAAAGUCCAUGCAAGUCCAAUUCUGUUGGCUAAGGCCAGCUACAUACCGAUCUCAAGUCCCGAUUACCGAAAAGCCUUGUCUCCCCCGCAACCUCGACUGUGGUCCGCGUAAUAUCAAGCUCUGGAAUUGCUUGACCGAAAAAAAGAUUUGUUCCGGCGAAAUAAUUGAGAUCCGGACUGACGACCCUGAGCUUCGCCCGCUUCCUUCGGCCGUCUUAUUACAGAUGCAAUGGAUUUUACACAGAGUCCUUGCAAUGAGUGGAGCCGCAGAUGCCCCAGACGAAGAACUUGACACUGACUCGGAGUCAGAUGUUGCGUCAUGGGAAGCGGAUGACCUCCACAUAUUCCCCGUACCGGGGAAAACAUCCCCUCCGCCACCGAGUUCGUCUAUGUGA